CCUAACCUGAAGGGAAUUAAGGUUAUGUUUUGUAAACCUACUUGUCUAAACAUUUUUAAAUUUCGAAAUUUUUUAGAUUAUCAAUAUUAUAUGUAGUAUGCAAUUUAUACAUGGUACUUUUAAGAUGAACAAAUAGAACAACAAUUGUUGAUUUAAUCUUGGACAGAACAAUAGUAUUCCUUUACAAUGUCAGAUGCCUGGGAAGAAAUUCAAGCUGUGAAAAGUAAGAGAAAUAGUCUCAGAGAGCGUUUGGAGAAAAGAAAGAAAGAAAGACAAGACAUUUUGGGUACCAGCUUAGGGAAGAAAACUGCACCUUCUUCAACCACUUCAGAAGGUACUAGUUGUCCAUCUUCCGUAAGCUUAAAAGAAGAGACUAAAUUGAAAAAUGAUCCUUCAGAGGAUGAUGACUUGACCAAAAUCAAAAUAGACCCAGGCCUUGAAAAAGAAUUACUCAAGAUACUCAGUGAGGUAACUCUUCAGAUUCCUAUAUCAUCCGAAGAACUUUGUGUGAAACUCAAAAAUGACACUGAUGAGAUCACCAGACAGAAGCAAGUAUGUAAUUUGUUGCAAAAAUUCGCUACUCAAAAACUGAUCACUGUUAAAGAUGCUAAAGAUGGAAAAUACAAUAUUUGUGUUACAUAUGUAGAAGUUAGUAAGGUCAAUGCCAUGAUAGCUGAGUUUUAUGAAGAUAUAGAUGUUGUAGAGUCUGAACAAAGGCAAAAAAAGAAAAGAGAUAUUUCACCUGACAAAAAAAAUACUGAAGAAGAUGACAGAAAAAAGAGAGAGAAGAAAGAACCUAAGGCUGAUAUUAUGUCCCUCCUUUCAAUGUCAUCCACCAAAGAACGUGAAAGCAAAAAAAUCGGAGAAGAAAUAAUGGAACUUCUUAGUAGACCAACUGCGAAAGAAAGAUCACUUGCUGAACGAUUUCGUUCACAAGGAGGUAAGCAGCUGAUGGAGUUUUGUCAGUAUGGGACAAAAGGUGACUGUGGAAGAAAUGGUAUCACAGACUGUAAAAAACUUCAUUUCAAGAAAAUUAUUCAGAAACACACUGAUGAAGCCCUUGGUGAUUGUUCAUUUUUGAAUACAUGUUUCCAUAUGGACACAUGUAAAUAUGUCCAUUAUGAAGUUGACAGGAUCAGUCAAAGUGGAGAUGCUGGUCAAGAUCGAUCUAAUGUACCUGCUAUCAGGGCUGAAAGUUCCACCACUCUAUAUCCUCCUCAGUGGGUCCAGUGUGAUCUUAGGUAUCUGGAUAUGACAGUUUUAGGUAAAUUUGCUGUAAUUAUGGCUGACCCUCCUUGGGAUAUCCAUAUGGAACUUCCUUAUGGCACAAUGUCCGAUGAUGAAAUGAGACAACUGGGAAUCCCUCAACUUCAAGACGAAGGUCUUAUUUUUCUAUGGGUCACAGGUAGAGCGAUGGAACUAGGACGCGAGUGUUUGAAGUUGUGGGGUUACGAGAGAGUCGAUGAAAUUAUCUGGGUUAAGACAAACCAACUCCAACGUAUAAUAAGAACAGGACGGACAGGCCAUUGGUUGAACCAUGGGAAGGAACAUUGCUUGGUUGGUAUGAAGGGAAAUCCAAAAAAUUUGAACAGAGGCUUGGACUCUGACGUGAUAGUUGCAGAAGUGCGGGCAACAAGUCAUAAACCUGAUGAAAUUUAUGGAAUGAUAGAACGUCUUUCUCCUGGUACCAGAAAAAUUGAAUUAUUUGGCAGGCCUCAUAAUAUUCAACCCAACUGGAUAACUCUUGGCAAUCAAGUGGAUGGUAUAAGAUUAGUAGAUCCAGAGCUAAUAGAGAAUUUUAAAAAGAGAUAUCCAACUGGUAACUGUAUGGCGCCACCUCCUGAAGCCAGUCAUUGAAUCAAAUCAAUAUUUCUUAUACUGAAACAUUGACAUGUGAUGCGCCAUUGUGUAGAUAAUGAAUGAAAACUUGACAAAUUAUUUCUUAAUAAAUUUUUUAGUAAA